AUGAACGACCCAUUCCAAUCCGACAACGACACCAACAGCCCCCCAUUCCCCUCCCCCCGCCAAGGCUGGGAAGAAGACCCCAUAGCCACUUACUACCUCCGCGCGCUCAACCGGGAGAUUCGGGCACUGAAAAGCGAUUACGAUCUCGCCUGUUCCUGUCAUACAUACAUCAAGAUGGCGGUUUUAAGUUUGAGGCUGUAUCUCCAUGAGUGGGAGGGGUUGAUGGGGGAGGUUAUGGGGUGUUCUGAUUCUGAGACCGAGGGAAAGCUGGUGGGCUCUGAGGGAGUGGGCUAUGAGGGAUUAAAGGGGUUGGAUGGGUAUAGAGAGGUUUUGGAGUUGAUGGAUAUGCGUACGUAUUUUACCUUUCCUAUCUAUCUACUUCCCUACCUCCAAGACUUACCGCAGUUACUCCCUUCUGCAUCUCUCUCUAGCAGAGACAAUGCUGCAUUUGAUGUCUCCUGGCUCUCGAGUGGCGAGGGUUGUGGUUGA